GCUCCUCUGAACAGAAAGCGGAAACAAAGGAAACCAAAAUUGUAAAACACACCCUGGCGAUCAGUGAAGAGAAAUAGAAAUCAUCGUCUUGCUUUUAUCAAAGAUUAUAUCUAUACAGUGUAUAAAGUACGGACAUUUGGCUACGUCUGUCGACAUGGCUUUGAAAAGAAUACAAAAGGAGUUGCAUGAUUUACAAAGAGAUCCGCCUGCCCAGUGUUCUGCAGGUCCAGUCGGAGAGGACUUGUUUCACUGGCAAGCAACAAUAAUGGGGCCGGGUGACAGUCCAUAUCAAGGAGGAGUGUUUUUUCUCACAAUCCACUUUCCUACAGACUAUCCCUUCAAACCACCAAAGGUAGCAUUCACGACAAAAAUAUAUCACCCAAACAUAAACAGUAAUGGAAGUAUCUGCCUGGACAUUCUGAGAUCACAGUGGUCACCAGCUCUAACAGUGUCAAAAGUUUUACUGUCCAUAUGUUCGUUGCUCUGUGAUCCAAAUCCAGAUGACCCAUUAGUUCCAGAUAUAGCACACAUCUACAAGUCUGACAAAGAAAAGUACAACAGACUGGCGAGAGAAUGGACCCAAAAAUAUGCAAUGUAAAAACUUAGCCAAUAAUUUCAAGUCACAAAGCACUGUAAAUUCUAGAGCCUAAAAGCCCUUAGGUUAUACUAUUGAACAUAAUGUACUGUUAACAUUUAUCAUACAAGCAAUUUCAGUUGUAUAAAUUCACAAAUGUAACAUGUUUCUUUUUUCCCCUUCCUUAGUCAUUGGGUCCAUUUUUUAAUUAAAAAAAUAAAUUAUGCAGUUUUUACAACAGGCAUCCAUUAAGAUUUUUUUUCUUUCUUUUCUGUAGGUAAUUUCUUUUUUCCAUUUAGAAAUUUUUAUUGUAUAGUACAAAACUGGUCUGGAUCUAUUUUUAUUAUUUUGCAUUAAAAAUUGUAUAAAAACUGCA